UUGUCAUUCAACUCUGAAGGCUGCGUGUACAAGCAGCUCUACUUUCUCAACUCUCCAAACUGUUGAGGAGAGAAAAGAUCAAUGUUGAAGUUGUGCGCGCUGCUUCUGCUGGUGAUUACCAGCACACAUGCCAUGCCAACGUGUAGUAAUCCAUCUGAUGGAGCAAUCACCGCUUGUCCUGCAGGAUCACAAUGCUGGGACAUUCAGCAAGUGUCUACUAAGGUGACCUGGUCUUUACACAAUCAGUGUUCACUGUGCACGUUCGCUCAGCAGCAACCAGUCAUUGUUCAAGACACUGAAACGCCAGUGACUUUUGAGACGGAUGGCACAUUUCAAAGAAACGUCGAUCUCAAUAUAUACAGAGUGCCCGACAUGACAGCGAUGCAAAACUGUGACAUUUCUGGUGGUACUGUUGUGGGUCGAGUCUCACCACGUCCUGCUUCAGGAAGCGGAACUCCUCCAUUCUCCCUUGACGUUACCGCCUUAAUUAGCUCUGGAGCAAAUUUCUUUGUCUCAGUGCAUACAAGCGAUACUGACAACAACCCAAUCCCCAGCAAUUGCAAUCAAGGAGCAAGACUGGUCAUAUAUGAAGGCAGCCAUCAAUGCGGAAAUAUCAACUCUCCUUGCAGUGGUGUGGGAGCCUGUGUUUUCAAUCACGUUUCUUCAAACUUUGAAUGCCAGUGUGCUGAUGGAUACAGAAAGGGAACACUAUGUACCACUAACAACAUCGAUGAGUGUUUCCAGAACAACGCAUGUGGAGAUCCCACAUUUGAAGGUGUCUGUGUCGAUGAAGUCUGUGGUUUCACUUGUAGUUGCUUUGGUGGUCGUACAAGCUCAGCUGGAAAUGGCAGGUCAUGUGAUGUUGGUCCUCCAAACUGUAAUAUUAACCCUUGUUUCAAUGGUGGCACCUGUAAUUUCCUCAGCGGCCUUGGACGAGUAUUUUGUGAAUGUCUAGAUGACACAGUUCGACAAGAGCGUUUUUGUGCAGAUCAAAACCAAUGUGAGUCCAAUCCGUGUCACAAUGGUGGUACCUGUGUGGAUGGCCAUCUCGGCUACGCAUGCUUGUGUGCUGCUGGUUUCACUGGUGAUGUCUGUUCAGUCAAUAUUAAUGACUGUACUCUGUCUACGUGUCUAAACAAUGGCCAGUGUAAUGAUGGUACGAGAGAUGCUACAUGCACAUCGUGUUCAAGCAGCUGGACAGGCAAAUUUUGCCAGAUCAAUGAAAACGAUUGCCUAACUUCAACCUGCCUCAAUAGCGGAGUAUGCGUCGAUGGUGAUGCUAGUCACUCAUGCAACUGUCUUGCUGGUUUUACUGGAGUCGUAUGUCAGACUAACAUAAACGAGUGUGCUUCCAAUCCUUGUCGAAAUCAAGGUGUUUGCGUUGAUCAAGCAAAUAGAUAUGCUUGUGCAUGUGUAGCGGGUUACACUGGAGUUAACUGUCAAACAAAUAUCAAUGAAUGUUUAUCUAACCCAUGUCAAAGAGGUGGAACCUGUAUUGAUCGUCUCAACGGGUUCAUUUGUGAGUGUCUAGGCGGCUUCUUUGGUACCCUUUGUGAAUUCAGUUUCAACGAAUGCUUAUCCAAUCCGUGUCAGAAUGGUGGAACAUGUGCAGAAAGAGUGAAUCGAUACACAUGUGACUGUAUACCUGGGUUCAUUGGUCUACGGUGUGAAAUAGAUGCCAAUGAAUGUGCAUCCAAUCCAUGCGAGAAUGGUGGACAAUGUCUAAAUCUCAUCAACAGGUAUCAAUGUAACUGUCCUGCAGGAUAUGAUGGCAUAAACUGUCAGAUCAACAUCAAUGAAUGUGCAUCAAACCCGUGUGUUCAAGGCUCUUGUAGAGACCUUGUAAAUGGUUUCCUAUGCACUUGUUUUGCAGGAUCUACUGGAACCUUGUGUGAUAUUGAUAUCAAUGAAUGUACAUCUAACCCAUGUCAGAAUGGUGCAACCUGUAUUAAUCGUGUCGACCGGUUCAUUUGUGAGUGUCUAGAUGGCUUCUCUGGUGAUCUUUGUCAAACCAAUGACAACGAAUGCUUAUCCAAUCCGUGUCAGAAUGCUGGACGAUGUGUAGAUGGAGAGAAUCGAUACACAUGUGUCUGUAUACCUGGCUUCAUUGGGAUACACUGUGAGACAAAUGUUGAUGAAUGCAGAUCCAAUCCAUGCGAGAAUAGUGGGUUAUGUAUUGAUCUUAUUAACCGAUAUCAGUGUGCUUGCGCUGCAGGAUUCACUGGCAUCAACUGUCAAACAAACAUUGACGAAUGUGCAUCCAAUCCAUGCCAGAAUGGUGGAGAAUGUGUAGAUGGAUUUAGCCAAUAUACUUGUACAUGUCUUGAAGGGUACACUGGAGUACACUGUGAGACAGAUAUUAAUGAAUGUCAAUCCAAUCCAUGCCAGAAUGGUGGACAAUGUGAUGAUGGAAUCAAGAGGUAUGAUUGUCGCUGUUGGCCAGGAUUUGUAGGAAUCAACUGUGAAACAGGCAUUGCUGCAUGUGAAUCACAUCCUUGCCUGAAUCAAGGUGUGCCCAUCGAUGGAAUAAACCUAUGUGAAUGUGCUUGUUACCCCGGAUAUACUGGAGUAGUUUGCGAGACAGAUAUCAACGAGUGUGCAUCCACUCCUUGCAGGAAUGGUGCAACUUGUGUAGAUCGAGUCAACCACUUCAUUUGUGAAUGUCUAGACGGGUUCACUGGCAGUCUAUGUCAGACAGACAUCGAUGAGUGUGCUUCCAACCCUUGUCAGAAUGGUGGAACGUGUAUAGACAGGGUUAAUCAUUUCAUUUGUGAAUGCCUGACAGGCUUUACUGGUGUACACUGUCAGACAAACAUCGACGACUGUGCUUCCAACCCAUGUCAAAAUAAUGCUAUAUGUCUAGAUGGAAUCAAUCGUUAUGACUGUCGAUGUGUACCAGGUUUCACUGGGCUUCACUGUGAGCGAAAUGUGCCAGAAUGUGCUUCUAAUCCGUGUCAGAAUGGUGGCACAUGUGAGGAACCAAGCAUUAACCAUCAUAUAUGUCACUGCCCACCGGGUUUUACAGGAGAGCUGUGUGAGACUAACAUUAACGAAUGCGCAUCCAAUCCCUGCAUGAAUGGUGGCACAUGUAUUGAUCGUGACAACGGUUAUCUGUGCGAGUGUCUUUUUCGGUUCCGUGGUACUCAUUGUGAGAUUAUCAUUGACGCAUGCGGUCUCUUCACACCAUGUAUGAACGACGGCACGUGCACCAAUAUACCGACGGCCAUUGGUGAUAUGGGCAGCGUCGACUUCAACGAUCCUCCCAGAAAUGGAGUCGAUAUUCAUGAUGCAUACAGUUGUACCUGUACAGAUCGAUAUACUGGAAGAGUGUGUGAGACAUUUAUUCCUGUUCCUCCACCACCUCCACUGGUUCCUCCUGCUCCUGGACGCGUGCUUGCUCCACCUCCACCACUUGUGCCUCCUCCACCGGGCAGAAUUCUUGGACCACCACCACCAUUGCCUCUUCCAGCUCCAGCUGCAAUACUCGGACCUCCACCUCCACUCGUUCCUCCUCCACCUAUCGACAGAUUUGAUUGUAGCAGACAACCGUGUGAGAACGGAGGAGCUUGUGUUGAUGUCGGAAGUGUGGAGAAUUCAUACUGCUCGUGUCCAUUCGGAUUUGGCGGACAACGCUGCGAAAAUGAUGUCGACAUCACUGUAGCAGGGUUUGGAAACACAGUCGAUUCAUAUGUCCAAGUGUCUGGAACCUUGACCAGAACAGCAGAUGAUUCUGUUAUUAUCUCAGUGAAACCUCUAAGCAGUAAUGGGCUUGUUUUCUUGAUGAUUCAAAAUCUAAAUGGUGUCGGUGACUUUAUUUCUCUAACCUUGGUUAAUGAUAAGCCAGUGUACAAGUUUGAUGUUGGAAGCGGUAGCGUGACUAUAGCCAGUCCACAGACUAUUCCACUUGGUGUCUUUACAAAUAUCGAACUAAGACGCAAUGGUGUUGUAGGUGAACUAUUGAUUGAUGGGGUGGUAGUUGCAUCUGGGACAGCACCCGGAAGCCACGAUAUUGCCGAUGUCAUGGAUGAUUUCUAUUUGGGAGGUGUUCCUAAUCCAUCUGGUAUCAUCAAUGCAGAAAUCAGUCCACGUACUGGCUUUGUUGGCUGUAUUCGCUCUGUCAGUCUGGAUGGCACUGAAUUUGACAUCAGUCAACGUGCUACUGCCGGUAGCAACGUUGGUGAAUGUCCUGCCGAUUCUUGUUCUCCCAAUCCUUGUAAGAACGGCGGUAGCUGUACUAGAAUUGGACCACACUUGUCUGACUUCGAGUGCACUUGCCUUAAUGGAUAUAGCGGCCCAACGUGUGAGAUCGUGUCUAAUGUGUGCCUGGGGACUUCACCAUGUAUGCACGGAGGAGAAUGUCGUGUGGACAGCAGCGCCACUGCAGGGUAUCGUUGCAUCUGCACUGCCACCCACUCUGGUCCACAAUGUGAAACAGCGGUCGGAGAUACAAAAUCUGAUUACUCUUAUGCUGGAGAUUCGUAUGUUGCUUGGAAUGUGGACCCUGCCGAUGUCGACGUUACAACAGUCAUCAAUCUCCGAGUGUACCCCAACCAAGACAAAUCUGACGGAUUAUUAGCACUGUUCAUACGCCCUUCUGUUGACUUUUUAGCUAUCACUGUCGAUGACGGAUUUGUAAGAGUUCGUAUGGAUCUCGGACAAGGAGAGAUUUCUCUCACCAGCAGUUCACGUUUACCAGCUAAUCUGUAUUCCAUGAUUACAGUAAAUCGAAACGGUCGAAAUAUUGACCUGACCGUGUCUGGUGCCAGCACGGUAUCAGGUGCAUCACCGGGAUCGUUUUCAAGCCUCAAUGUCAACAAUCGUUUCUAUGUUGGUGGUGUGCCAUCGUCGGUAGGCCCGACUCUGCCAUCUAUACUUGCCGGAAUCUCAGGGUUUAUGGGUUGCAUCACUGAAGUAACUGUUAAUGGAAACUUCCUCAACUCAACCGAUUUGUUAUCAAGUUAUAAUGCAAAAGAUUGCACUGUCAAUCUGUGUAAUCCUAGUCCAUGUGAAAACGGCGGCACGUGUUCAGCAACUGGUAACUCGGUGUUUUGCGCUUGCUCACAAGGAUAUUCUGGGCCACGCUGUGCAAGUGAUGAUGAUCCAUGCUUAACAGUCAACUGUGGAUCCGGUGCUACAUGUGUGCCACUGGGCAAUACGGCAGUCUGCGCAUGUCCUCUUGGCAAAGGAGGUGAACAAUGCGACCAAGAUAUUGCGAUCCAAACGAUGUCAUUCAGAGAUAAUCUCACAUCUUUUGCUGCCUUUCCUUCACUUGGAAGUGACACUCGUUCGACAACAACGAUAACAAUGUCCAUCAAGCCUUUAGAAAAGGAUGGCCUUAUCUUCUAUGCGGGUCGCAAGACGACACCUCCUUUCACUGAUUACAUCUCAGUCGGUCUAUAUGAUGGUUACGUUGAGUUCCGUUAUGAUUUGGGAUCGGGAACAGUCGAGAUUAAGAGUACCGAACGACUCGUUUUGUAUCAAUGGCAUACCAUUCGUGCGGAAAGAAAUCUGAAGAACGGACUGUUGACGAUUAAUGGUGGAUCAGCAGUAAGUGGUGCAAGCCCUGGUUCGACGACACUGCUUGAUGUACACGAGAACAACCUUGACGCUUACCUUGGUGGUCACGAAGACUAUACUAAAGUUGCUAGUGAUGCCGGUCUCACAAGUGGCUUCACUGGAUGCAUCAAAGAUGCCAACGUUAACGGCCGCGUCUUGGACUUUUCUACGGCAACUCGUGGUCGAAGCAUUGCCGAAUGCGACCAGCACCAAUGUGAUCGCCUCACUUGCUUCAAUGGAGGAACUUGUACUGAUGUCGACGGUCAGGGUAACUUCAAGUGCUUUUGCUCUCAUGGCUUCAAAGAAGACAACUGCCAGCAAAUGAUUGCCAACAACUGCACUAUUGGUAAUGAUAUGUGUCACUCAAGCAGCCAGUGUGUGUUCAACUAUAAAACUGAGAAGUAUGAGUGCUUCUGUCCUCUUGUUCCCAAUCCACAAAGAGGACAAUUUUGUACUGAAGUCACUAACUUCAAAGUCGCCAAGUUUAAUGGCAACAGCUAUGCAGCCUAUAAUUAUCCUGCUCGUACAGCUCAGACCAUCAUCAAAUUCAAUCUCUCCUCUCAAGCUACUAAUGGACUUGUUUUCUAUCUCCCACCCGGUACAGGUGGUGAUUACCUAUCCAUCGGCAUUAUUAAUGGACACGUCGAACUGAGGUACGAUCUCGGCACUGGUGCUGCAAAAAUAACUAACAACCAAGUGAACGUCACUGGUAGUCACGGAUCGUGGCAUACAGUAUCUGCUUUCAGGGAACAACAGUCGGGUACUCUAAUUGUUGAUACACAGACUGCCACCGGCUCUUCUCUGGGCUCCGCAAUUGGUCUGACUGCUUCAUCGGGUCAGAUGUACGUUGGUGGUAUUGCUGUGAGUACAGCUGACUUGUCUGAGUAUCGAGACAUCUUGGACGGAGACUUCAAGAUGGGUCUCGUUGGCUGUAUCGCUAAUCUGGAGGUCAACGAUGUGCCUAUUGACCUGGAAAAGAUGGCACAGAGUGGUGCUAAUGUCGAGAGCUGUGAUGACUACUUCCCUGGCUGAUGAGUGAAAGUAGUGCAAUUGACGAUUGACUUUCUUCUCAUUUUUAGUUGUAGUCUGCUGCAUGCGUGUGUUGGCUUUGUGCUGCUGUCUGUUUUGAGUUGAAAUUUCUGCAUGCCGUUUAGCUUUUAUGAUUCGGCUCUAACGCCGUUGAUUGCUCUUUUAGCGUCGCUUCUAAUCACUGAGUAGUAGUAUAGCUGCCGAGUACAAUUGUUAGAGGGAAAUAAAAUGAAAACUUGCUUGU